GCCUAGCGGGGAGCUACGGUGACGAUUCUGCGCAGAUCGCUGCAGCGACAGCAGCAGCAGUGGCAGCUGCUGCUGAGUCGGGGUUGGGUGGAGUGGUAGGAAGAAAGCCUCCCCGCGUGCCGUCGACGCUAGGCGUGGAUGAGGAGUUUGAAGGGCCGGAUACGUCUUCCCUAGCCGCGUUUCUCCUGUCGCUGAUUAGUAUCAACCCGCGCGGGAACAAGGCGAGCUCUGACACGUGUUCCGAGUCUGGCGGGUCAUACGCGGACUCGGAUUUCGAGGAGGAGGACUACGAGGAGGUUGGGGAGGAAGAUACUGGGGUGGUGGAGGUGAUGGGAAGGGAGGAGUGGUACCGAGCGGUUUGGGUGCAGCAGGACAGGAUGGGAGGGCUGCCAGAUAUGAUGGAGGAGUCGUUCCUGCUGUCCGACACGUGUCGCUCCGUGAUUUGCCAGAGCCUGCCUGCGAUUGCCAGUGGACGCGAGUGGGUUCUCCUGUACAGCACAUUCAAGCACGGCAUCUCUCUAUCAACCCUUUACCGCCGCAGCUCCAUGAUGCCAGGCCCCUGCCUGCUGGUGGUGACUGAGGAUAACGGCACCGUUUUUGGCGGCUUCUCAUCUCAAGCGCUUGUAGCCUCCAAUCGCAGAAAGUACCAGGGAUCCAGUGACGUCUUUGUGUUCACCACCACUGCAGGGGAGCCCACGGUCUACAAGGUCACAGCGGCGAACCGUUACUUCAUCCUGUGUCUGAAUGAAGCCCUCUCUUUUGGAGGUGGCGGCCACUUCGCCCUGUGCCUGCAGGAGGACCUUCUGACAGGCUCAAGCGGUGCGUGUGAGACAUUCUGCAGUCCCUGCCUCUCUAAGUCCGAGGACUUCAAGAUCAAGCAUGUGGAG